CCAGAAUAUUGGGAGGUGCUUCGGGGUGCACUACAAGCCCCGGAAAAUGAUGAAAGGCCCCUCUUCUGCAACAAUUCAUGGACCAUGUCUCAAAACCGGAGAGCCACAGCUGUUACGAGCGCAUAGUUCACCCUAUGCUUGCAGGAGUUUGCAACUUGCCGCCAUGCUGCAUUGCCUUGAAGGACGACACUUAGCUUGUACGACACUCUGCAUAUCUGCGAGAAGCAGAGGCUCUCAAGGUGUAAAAAGUGGAGUGAUAACACCUCUUCGCAUAUAAGAGGUAGCAACAGCACUCUGCCUAGGCGACCCGAUUGCUGGUGAUGAAGAACAUCGAAGGGUCUUAACCUGUCGUCGAAUCGUUGAUCAAAGUCCGCUCUGCAAGUGAAGAUAACCGAGCCUUCGGUUGUGAGGAAAUACUGGAGGCAGCCCUAUCCUGAACAAUUCAGAAUCGGAGCAGCUUAGUUGUCUUAAUUUCAUUGAAUGAAAUAUUUCAUGCCGGAGACAUGACGAGAUCCUUUCGAAAAGCCCAUAAUCGAAGUCCAAGGCGUUCGGCGCCUCAGACCCAUGUCCUGCAAGAAGGCGAGUCCGUCCGCCUUUCCCAACGAAGAUGUCCGAAGAAGGAAGACGUCGCGGGAAAAUGUACCGACUCACACUGCAUCGGCAAAGUCAUGGUGGUGAAUUGGAGAAGGCCACAACUCAACCCUUUCAUUGUCCUCAUGUUCAUACAUCUGGAGAAUGAUAGCGCUCGGGUCGAGAGCCACAAGCGUCCAACGACGACACCACGACGUGUGCUUCUCGACACCGGGGCCGACUUCAAUCUGGUCUCUCAUGAUGCUUAUGCUCAGCUCAAUGUGGAGAAGAGACCCUACCAGGGCCUCGUACACUCCAUUGGAGGAUAUAGCGAGCUGGAAAGCACCGUUUUUCUCCGCUGGCAUUUCCGGGUUCCCGGCUCGAAGUCUGUUCGGUCAUCUGAACAUAAUGCCCCAUUCCACAUACUGCAGAAAGGCUCUGAUGCCAAAUUCGACUGUAUUAUCGGCCGUCCAUGGAUCCUGGAAAACUGGACGGAAUUCCUCGCUCUGGUCGAGGACAACCGAAAGAAGCAAAUGGGACAGGAUGACAACCUAAAAGCUUGAAUUUUCCUUUCGAAAAAGUAUUCAGCAACAGCGGCGCACCACGGGCGGUUUUCGUGACGGGUAUUUGCCAG